AUUCUGCCGUAUAUUUUAAUCUCUCAAAGUCGGAGAUCUUCACUAUCGUGUAUCGCACAACAGUUUAUAUGUUAUUCACGUAACGGUUGUGAUGUCGCUAAACUAGCUAGUUAGCCAACAUCUUAAUGUAUUCAUUGAAUAGGCUAGCUAAAGUAACUGAAUAGUUAUCUGAUCAAACUGGACAUUCCAACGGGCUGUAAAAAAACAUACAGUUAGCUAUCAAGUGUCUAACAUUACCUAGCUAACCCUACUGGGCUAACUGUUAAGUGUCAACAUGCAUGCAAGCAUCAUGCAUUCCAUUGCAUGGUUAAUUGAUCUCCAUAGCUAGCUAGCUAACUAGACAAACAAGAGCCUGCCUCAACAUGACUAGUGCCAUGUUCCUUCUUUACUUUAGAUGUUUUACUAGGUUUUGUGAAACCAUAGAGUCAGCUGUAACGUUAGACAUGGGGGAGCCCAAGACGCCCAAAUUUGGGUCCAUAGAAGAAGAGCUGAGUUUCUGGAAGGAGCAGUCAGACAAACACCAGCAAAGGGCUGAGGAGGCACAGGAGGAGUUGCAGGAGUUCCAGCAAAUGAGUAGGGACUAUGAGGCGGAGCUGGAGACUGAGCUGAAGCAGUGUGAAACACGGAACAGAGAACUACUGUCCAACAACAACCGGCUACGCAUGGAACUGGAGAACAUCCAGGAGAAGUACGAGGCGCAGCACUCUGAAGCGUUUAGGCAGAUCUCAUUGUUGGAGGGAGACCUGGAAGAGACCACAGCGGUCAAGGACCAACUCCAGAAGUACAUCAGAGAGCUGGAGCAGUCCAAUGACGACCUGGAGAGGGCCAAGAGGGCGACCAUCAUGUCCCUGGAGGACUUUGAGCAGAGGAUGAACCACGUGAUCGAGAGGAAUGCCUUCCUGGAGAGUGAGCUGGACGAAAAGGAAAACCUUCUGGAGUCUGUCCAGAGACUAAAGGAUGAGGCCAGAGAUUUACGACAGGAGCUAGCUGUACAGCAGGUCCAGGAGCGACGCCCCCCCAGUAGCCUCUCUAAAGAGAAAGACAGGACCGAAUCAUCAUCACGCUCCACCAUACCGACCACCCCCUCCAAACCACUUGGUACAUUCCCAGCAACCCCAGCCUCAAGCAUUCGUCGAGGGGAUAACCUAACAGGAACUCCCCUGACUACGUCGGCUCGCAUAUCUGCACUCAACAUCGUCGGGGAGCUCCUAAGAAAAGUCGGGAACCUGGAGUCCAAGUUGGCGUCUUGUCGAGACUUCGUAUAUGACACGUCGCCGAAAAGAUCGGCUCUUCCGUCGUGUCCCGGUACCCCCUCUGCUAUAGAGGGAGGCACAGAGAUCCAGGCCUGCAGCAUGAGCCCUCCACACUACGACAGUUUGGUGAAGAGGUUAGAGUUUGGACCUGCGCCUCCUCGGGGGGUCUCCUCCCAUGGCUCCCAGUCACCAUCGGGGGGAGUCAAGAUCCUGCUAUGAAACGAGGGCCUCCCCUGCCCCCCUCCACCUUCACACCCCUGCACCAGACUGUACUACCCAUCAGUAGGGCUUUAAACUGUGUCCCACUCUCACUACACUACCAGCUGAACAUCCUCCCCCCUCAGUCAUACUCUGAACCAGGAAGCUGCUCCAUCUAUCAACUUAUUUGCUGCAUGGACUCUGUUGAGAAGAACCGCCGCGUCACGAUGCUACAGUUUUAUUUUAUUAAUGAAUAAUAUAAGUGAGGAUUCCUUGACCCUGCUGCAUGUCCUCCUGCUGAUCCCUUGACCUCUGAACCCAAGUCAUGUUACUAUGCCACUAACACCCCCCCCCCUCCAUCUUGGAUUCUUGGUGUGCCAGCUGUAGCAGAAAAGUGAAGUUGGUCGAUAAUUGGUGAUGUUAGCAUUGCUGCCUUUUUUCAAUAUAUCACCACCACAUGUAAGUUUUGCCUAGUCAUGAUUCCUUUCUGUAUGUCUAACUCUCUGAUAUGUCCGUUCGUAGCUAAGCCGCAUAUGUGCUUAGAGGCUAUACGUGUAAAGUGUCGGAGAUAGUAAGUUAGGCUAGCUUUACCUUUUGGAGAAUGUGUAUUAUUCCUUCGUGCUGUGUUGUCAUCUGCUGUAAAAGCUAAGGAUGGUCUGAAGUUUUAUGGAUACUACUACUUUACAGGUCAAUGUUUCAGUUAAAAGCAAUGGUUUAUUAAUGUACAAAUAUACAUUAUUUUAAAGGUUUUCUACCUGGUAACUUGAAAAAGUAUUAUCUGUGAGAAAUGCACAGACUAGCUAGCCUAUACCCUGUCAUGCAUUUGCAGAAUGUUUUAUAAGGUAGGCAAGAUAUAGGAACAGAGAAAUUAUAUUGAGUUACCUUCUGAGAAUCUCAAAUUUAGUCUAGGUCUUUGGCAAAGACAUUUCUUUCUGUUACCACAGUUGAUAAAGUUGCCAUUCAGUGUUUAAGUUUUAUUUUUUUCCCUCUUUGUUUGAUGGUUUGUAUAUGUUUGUUUUUUACGAGUUGGAGGGUUAGGGGGCACCACUGCACUGCUGAAUGUAUAGAAUCUAUACUGUAGAAUCUAUAUUGCAGAUGUUUCUAAUAGGAAGUGGCCUAAAGACAGCUUGAGCAGGUCAGUCGACCCAGAAUUCCUGUCAAGACUGAUCUUAUAUCAGAUCAGGGAGCUAUCAAAGAUGACAAAAUAGCAAUAAUAGAUUUGCCAGACUAGAGUUCGAUUUUACAGAAUAGGGUUUCGAGAUAAAGCACAGUUCAUACUAUAUUUCCAAAACCAUUAUGGAUGAUGCCUUGGUUACACUGUUAAUGCUGGAUGUAUGAAUUCAUUACGUACUGUUUAAAAGAGAAUGUUUCAGCCUUUGUAUAUCCAAUGAGGAGCAAUAGUCAAAUAUCAAGGACAGAUAUGACUGUAGGGCAUGUUACUACUCAACAACAGAUGGAACGUUUGUACUUAAACAAUGUUUAUAUUGGUUCCGUCCAUGUGCUUUAUCCAAUUCCCCUGUCAUGUUUCUGAUAAAGGAGUUGGUUAGAACACAGAUUUGAGACCAGGAUAAUAUGUGUACGAAACAACUCAGUUACAGCAGCUGUUCUUGUGUAAGUACUCUGAUGUAAGAACUAAGGACCAGAAAGUACUGUUUGUAGAGCUUCUUUUACAACUGUACAUGUAACCAACCGUUGGCAACCGUUUGUGGGUGUGUUACUAACAUACUAACUUCUGUUUGGAUUUACAUUGAAAUGUAUGCACCUGAGGUGCUCUACCUUUUUGACCUGUUGGUUUGCGAUCCUUUUUGUAUCAAAAUGAACAGAUAAAAUGAACAUUCUAAACCUG